AUGCUUUCAAAAGGGAGCUCAUCUGAUUUGUCUCAUCUUCAGCAUCUCAACCACCAACCAUAUAACUCCAGAGGAUCUAUUAACUCUUCAGUGGGCGGCCAAGGGAUUAAAUUGCAUACUGGCAGUAAUGUGAGCGGUGCCUAUGACUCGUUGUUGAAUGAGGGUUAUAGCUCAAGCAUAGGAGGGCCUAAUAGUCGAAUUAAAUCAUCUAACAACGGAGCGAACGACGGGCUCGAAAUUUUGUCUACGACAGACAGGGCAAGUAAGGCCAACCGACUGCGCACGACAGGGAAGCUUUUUGAUUUGAUGUCUGCAAAGUCGGAUAUCGACCAUCCCUUGUGUAAUGAGUGUACAGAGAUGUUGCUAGACUCACUAGCGAAACAGCUCCAAGAUAUCUCACGAGAACGCGAUUGCUAUAUCGAUUUCUUGCGUACUGUCAAUUCGAACGUGGCAAGUGACGGAGAAAUGGAGGCACUUGAAAAUGAAAUCAAGCAGAUUCAAUUGGAUGAGAGUGCCUCUAUUCAGGCUCUACGUGAUAUUGAGGAUCAGCAAAGGGCUGUGCGCGAUGAAAUUGCUAUGUUGGAGCAGGAGUCAUUGGCUUUAGAUAAGGAGGAAGAAAGAUAUUGGCAAGAGUGCAAUGAUCUCCAACUUGCGCUCCAGUCAUUCCAUAAUGAAAGAGACAGUGUUAAUCUCAAGUACGACUAUGAUGCAAGGCAGCUUGAAAAGUUGCAUAAGACGAAUGUCUAUAAUGACACAUUUUGUAUAGGUUACGAUGGACAGUUCGCCACAAUUAACGGAUUUAGACUGGGAAGAUUACCAACACAGCCCGUAGACUGGCCCGAAAUUAAUGCUGCUUGGGGGCAAACUCUACUGAUGCUCCAUACGAUUGCCAACAAGCUCAACUUUACUUUCAAAACCUAUCGACUUGUGCCAUUGGGAUCAUUUUCUCGUAUAGAUAAGAUUGAGGGUGAUCGUGCAAGCUACGAGCUUUAUGGAUCAGGAGAGUUUGCAAUAGGACGGGUGUUCCUGAAUAGAAGAUUCGAUAAUGCAAUGGUGGCAUUUCUGAACUGUCUACAGCAACUUGGAGACUAUGCGGAGCAGCAGGGUCCGAAGCUAGAGCUCCCCUAUAAGAUUAACAAGGACCGUAUUGGCGAUGCUUCCAUCAAGCUUCAGUUCAGUCAGGGCGAGACAUGGACCCGUGCCUUGAAAUAUACACUCACCAAUACCAAAUGGAUCCUUGCAUAUGCUUCCAGUAAUGCUGCUUCUAACAUGACACAGUAUACGCCCUCAGCUCCAUCAUUACCAAUAUCAAGGAGAUCAUCGCCUGUCGCGAAGGCCAAUAGCACCAAUACCAGAACUAGCACUAGCACUCAUGCCCAGUAA